AUGGCAUCAACAAAGGGUAGUAUAUAUACUGUCGGUGACGUGGAGUCCGAUGAGGUACACCACAGCCUCGCCAGAAUGAGGUUCAUCAUGGCACGAACGUCAAUACUCUUCCUUUUCAUUGUCUCACUGAUAUUAGCAACGUUCGAGUUCACCAAAAUGUAUCACGGUAUGCAUGUACGGAUACAGACUUCAUCGACAGGUCUGGAGACAUUCGAGCCUACUUCAUACUUCUUCCACAAGAGUACCGCCAUCAACAACAGGCUGACCAAACUUGUCGGCCUCAACUGGACCUCGCCCCAACGACCAACGAUAGGGAAGUGUACAGUCGCUCACGGCAAACACAACGAGGCUUACCAGAGAGCCAUCGACACCCAUCUGGCGCACAGCAAGGUGAAUGGGUACACGAUGUUUCUGCUACAUCAACCGAUCCUGGAUGGUCUCUGGUCAAAAGAAGCCGCCCUCCUCGAAGUUCUCUUACUACAGCUCGCCAAGCCAGCAGAAGAACGACUUGAGUGGCUCAUGUGGUUUGACGCAGACACUGUCAUCAUAAACAAGCUCAUCUCACUCGAGAUCUUCCUUCCACCAGCACAUCGCCCCGACGUUCACCUGCUGUUCACGAAAGACUGGAACGGCCUCAAUAACGGUGUUUUUCUGAUCAAAGUCUCUGCCUGGAGCGUGGACUUUGUGUCAUCGAUCGUUUCCUUUCGAACAUACAGACCCGAGGAGGAGCUGGAGUUCACUGAGCAGUCAGCCAUGGAGAAGGUCAUGCAGAUGGAUCAAUAUAAAGAUCACGUCGUCCAAUGCCCGUCCCAAUGGUGGAACGCUUAUCCGAACGAUGGCGGCGAGGAGAAUGUUCACUUCGACCAUCGCCCAGGUCAGCUGCUUGUACAUUCUGCCGGCAUUGGAGACAAAGGAAAAGUGAUUGACGAGUGGCUCGGCAAGCUUGCACAUCAACGAUACUUGUACGCAAUGCCUGCGUCGGGGACGAAUUACAAAGAACAGAUCGAGGCGUUCUGGCGAGGGCUCGAUGAGGAGCGUGAAGCUAAUGAUGACAACGAUACAAAGGAUGAUCCCAGACGCGCACUUUGGGACUGA